AUGGCCAUUCUCGAUAGGCUGCCAACUAGAGACUGGUUUAUUCGUUUUGAUGUGGUUAAUGAUGAUGCUUGUGUUAUUUGUGGUUCUGGUAUGGAAUCACGCGACCAUUUAUUUGCAGAUUGCUUUUAUGCUAGGAAUGUUUGGAAUGUUGUCCUGGGGCUAUGUGGGAUUCGUAGUAUUGCUGAUAGUUGGGACCAGCGCCUUAACUGGCUGGUUGUAAGUCUGAAGGGUAAAUCGCUUCGAACAAGAAUUUUAAAGUUGGCCUGGACUGGUUUUCUAUAUCAUGUGUGGGAAGAACGCAAUUUCAAGUUUUUUAGGAGUAUUUCGCGAUCAAGUGAGGAUACUGUAAAAAGAAUUAAGGAAGCAGUGAAAAUUAAAUUGUAUAGCCUUAGUUUACACAUUAUAGAUGAUGGUAAUAAGGAAUUGUACAUAAACUGGGAAUUGAUAUAG